AUGAAUCUGCUGGUUUUAUUUCUUGGCUUUUUCCUGGAAAUCCUCACUGCCACCUCUCAGCAGAUGAUGCAAGGUCGAAUAAUAGGUGGCUUUGCCCCUGCACCCUACUCCAUCAAGUACAUGGUGUCCAUACAGACCAUUAUUGGACAGCACUUCUGUGGAGGCACUCUAAUUAACAAGUACUGGGUGCUGACGGCAGCACACUGCAAUGUAGGUGCAGGUAACAUGAGGAUUGUGACGGGAGAUUACUCUGUAAGUGUAUACGAAGGAACAGAACAGUACCGCAUGCCACAUCUCCUAAUCCCUCAUCCCCAGUACAACAAAACCAGCAACAAUGCAGAUAUCAUGCUCAUUAAGUUGCAAACCCCAGUACUCGUGAAUAACUAUGUGUCUCCGGCACCACUGCCCCGACAGGGAGCCAACAUGUCAGAGGGACGUGUGUGCCGAGUGUCCGGCUGGGGAUUCACCACUCCUAAUGGGGGCAUCCCUGCAUCUCUGCACACAGCCAUGGUACCCAUUGUGUCCAGCACCAGGUGCAACAGCACUGACUCCUACAACGGCAACAUCACAGAGAAUAUGAUAUGCGCCGGCUAUGCUGAAGGAGGGACGGAUGCGUGCAGUGGUGACUCUGGCGGGCCGCUGGUGUGUGAAGGUCGGGUCUAUGGGAUCGUCUCUUGGGGAAACAGUUGUGCAGAUCCUCAGUAUCCAGGCGUUUACACCUCUGUGGCCAAGUUUCGCAAGUGGAUCGACGACACUAUCUUCAGCUUUUAUGGAAACUGUGUCAAGAACUAGACUGCACCUUAGCAUCAGAUUUGCACUUGAAACCAUGAUGGAGCACAUGCCAAAUUUCAUGCUGGUGGAGAAAAUUGUUUUAUUGUGAUGUAGUAAAAUAAUAAAUGUUAA